AUGGAAAGUGGGGGCACUUCGACGGCCACAGAGGCCUACCAGUAUGUUGGCCCCUUCAGAUUGGAGAAGACUCUUGGAAAGGGACAGACAGGUUUAGUGAAAUUGGGUGUCCACUGCGUGACCGGCAAGAAGGUGGCAAUAAAAAUCAUAAAUAGAGAAAAACUUAGUGAAUCCGUUUUAAUGAAGGUUGAAAGAGAAAUAGCCAUUAUGAAAUUGAUAGAACACCCACACGUAUUAGGAUUGUCCGAUGUAUAUGAAAAUAAGAAAUACUUAUAUUUAGUGUUAGAACAUGUCAGCGGCGGUGAACUAUUUGACUAUUUAGUAAAAAAAGGGAGACUUACGCCGAAGGAGGCGCGGAGAUUCUUCAGGCAAAUAAUUUCUGCGCUAGAUUUCUGUCAUAGUCACUCUAUAUGCCACCGAGACUUAAAGCCAGAGAAUCUUUUAUUGGAUGAGCGGAAUAAUAUCAAAAUAGCGGACUUCGGCAUGGCGUCCCUCCAACCAGCUGGAUCUCUACUUGAAACGUCCUGCGGUAGUCCACAUUACGCCUGCCCCGAGGUCAUAAGGGGGGAAAAAUAUGACGGUCGCAGGGCGGACGUGUGGUCCUGUGGGGUCAUACUAUAUGCACUUCUCGUCGGAGCUUUACCCUUUGACGACGACAAUUUGCGUCAAUUACUCGAAAAGGUGAAGCGUGGUAUGUUCCAUGUACCACACUUCGUGCCGCCAGAUUGUCAACAGUUGCUUCGAGGAAUGAUCGAAGUUAAUCCAGAAAAGAGAAUGACGUUGGCAGAAAUCACUCGGCAUCCAUGGGUGACUGCGGGUGGCCGAGGAGAGCUGGAACAAGAGCUGCCCAUGAUGGAGGUUGUACAAACAAGGGUCCUACCAUCUGCUGAGGCUAUAGACCCUGAUGUCUUGCAGGCUAUAUGCAGUUUAGGUUGUUUUAAACAACGCGACAAAUUAAUACAGGAGCUACUUAGUCCACACCACAACACAGAGAAGGUGAUAUACUUUUUGCUGCUGGAGCGAAAGAGACGGCGGCCGGCGCGGGAUGACGAACCCAGGCCACUCGCCGUCGCCGCACCCGAUGCACCGCGCAAACGGCUCGAUACAUGCCGGGUAAAUGGUCAGUCUGCACACUUCGGCCAGAUCAGCGAGGGUUCGCCCAUUACACCAAGGAGAUCACAGUUUAGGUUUGGUCGCAGCAGGUCAGCUUCAGGCCGCCGCCCGGAGGGGCGGAGCUCGCCGCAGCUACCGGCCAGUCCGCCAGCGGGUCACACGCCACAUCGAGUGUCGUCUCUUGGAGGAACGCCCGCUACACCUGGGUCUCCUUUGGCUUCGCCGUCCGUUCGAGAACAUCAUCAUCAGAGGGCUAAUUCUACGGGACCCACCAUCAGCCUUAAUAUAAGCGGAGAACCAGGUGAAGCGGUGAUUAUAAUAAAUGAAUCACCAAUAAUGGGGUCCUCAGUUGCCGUAAGACCUCAUAGUCCGUCGCAAUCACACAGAGUGAGAGAAAGGUCAUCGUUACCCGGUCCGCCGAGUUCGCAAACGUCAGCGCAACCAGCCCUCUUCCCCAAUUUGGGGACUAUGACAGGCGUGCCCCCGGGCGGGGGCGGGGGCGGGGGCGCGGGCGGGGCGGGGGCGGCGGCCCCGUGGCGCGUGCGGCUGGCCACCAUCAAGAACUCCUUCCUCGGAUCGCCGCGCUUCCAUCGAAGGAAACUACAAGCAUCGUCAGAAGAGGUCCACCUGACUCCAGAAUCGUCACCAGAAUUAACAAAACGGUCUUGGUUUGGCUCGCUGCUAUUGUCAGCUGAUAAGGAAGAAACUUUCACUGCUUUGGUGAAGGGGAAACCAUUGGCCACCGUCAAAGCGGACCUAAUACAUGCAUUUCUUAGUAUAGCGGAGCUCUCCCACAGUGUGCUGAGUCCGAUGUCAUUUCGAGUAGAGUACAAACGCGGGUCGAAUGCACCCGCUAUGUUCCAACGACACGUCCGCUUCCAGGUUGAUAUAUCGACAAUUACAAAGGCGCCCGGCGAGAAUGGGAAAGAAUAUUUAUAUGCAAUCACUUUCACGUUAUUGUCAGGCAACAUCCGGCGGUUCCGGCGCGUGUGCGAGGUGGUGCAGGCGGCAGUGUGUCGCGCGCCCGGCGCCGGCCGCGCCCCCGCCCUGCCCCCGCACCCCCCGCCCGAGCCCCGCGCGCAGCGCCGCGCCCUGCACCCGCACGCUGUGGGCGAAAUACCAGACAGUCCGGAGACUCCGCACCAGCAAUCAGACCACGACAGCGACUCGUCCGUGUUCGACACAGUGAAGAGCCCCACCAGCCAUACGUCCAUCGAUCAGCUCGACCAGAACGGUACACACCCACUUGGUUCCAGUUCAUCAGUCACGAGCGGAUCUAGCGGCUACAAACAAAGUGUACGGGGGCGGCGCGCCGCAGAGCCGGCCUCCGCCUCCCUCGACCACGAGAUCAUGAGCUGCGGCCGCGACCUGCCCGCAGGCACGCACACGAAGCGGUCGUCGUCGGAGUGUCGCGACAGCGGCGCCUCCCCGCGGCGGGGGCUCGGCGCGCGCGACGACCUCCGCCGGAACAACUCGCUGCGGGACGCGCGCCCCGCCCCGCACGCCCCGCCCCCGCCGCACGCCCCGCACGCCGCGCCCCCCGCGCACGCCCCGCACGCCGCCGCACUAGAGCGCGCGUGA